AUGCCGGGUCUGCUGCGGAAACUGGUUAUUGUCGCUGCAGUCGACGGGCUGAUUCUGCACGGGAAUGGCGCCAACGGACCGCGGCCGAAUAACGGGAGCAAGAACGAGGCGUCUUCGAUUCGGAUCGACUACAAGACGAACAAGAUUACCGCGCUGCCCGCCUCGUCGGAGUCGCAGGAGGGGCGGGACGUGCUAGAGGCGUACGGACUUGUCGGUCUUCUAUCUGUCGCAUCCUACUCAUUCCUCGUCUCCAUCACCCAGCGCCAGCAGGUCGCCCAGAUCCAAGGGCGCCCGAUCUACGCAGUGACCAACGUCGCCAUCAUCCCCAUAUCGUCCCAGGCAGACGCCACCCGUGCGAUUGCCCAGGCCCGCAAAGAGAUUUCGCAAGGCGAUCCGGAGCUCGACUCGCCCUCGGACGAGGACAUACCGGAUAAUGUGACCGAAGGGGCUGAUGCAGAAAUCGGCAGCGCGCCGACCUCGCCCACCCGCGAGACAUUCCACAGCCGCGGAUUGAGUGUCGGCAGCAUCGCCGAAGAUGUAAUUGAGAAACGGAUGCGUUUUGGCCGCUUCGCUGCGAAUUGGCUGUCGCGUAAGAACCUGGGCUUACCCCGGCCGGGUGCGCUGAAGCAGGAGGUUCCGGAGUCGCCGUUUGACGAUUCGCCGCGGAUUUCGGUGGAUAUUCCAGAGACCAAAGACCCGGCCACUGAGGCAGCUGUGCCGCAGGAGGUUGAGGCUGCGCCGGGCGACAAUGAUCGAUCGAGUUCUGACCAGGCGGCGCAGUUGCUUCCGAAGCUGAUUCGAUAUACAAAGCUGCUAUUUGCAUCGCAUAAUUUCUUCUUUGCAUAUGAUUACGAUUUGACAAGAUCAUUUGAGGCACAGGAAGUGCGGAACGGCCAUCAGCCUCUUCACAAGGCUGUAGACCCAUUGUAUUUUUGGAAUAAAUAUCUUAUGAAUGCAUUUAUUGGUAGCGGUGCACAUGGGUUUGUCCUGCCCCUGUUGCAGGGAUUUGUUGGGCAGCGCGAGUUUACAGUGGCCGCUCCUGAGAAGAAGCCAUCGUCAACCGGCGUGUCUGAAGAACAACACGUUGAAGGUCGCAUUCUGGGUGAGACUCAAGACGCUCAGGCUGUGGAGACCAAAGUGCUCAAGCACGAUUUCUUGUUGACUCUCAUUUCGCGGCGAUCGGUCAACCGCCCCGGUGUUCGAUAUCUGCGCCGUGGAGUCGAUGACGAAGGCAACACGGCGAAUACCGUCGAGACCGAGCAGAUUCUUUCGGUGCCGGACUGGGACACAUUGCAUAACGUCUACUCGUACCUGCAGGUGCGGGGAUCAAUCCCGUUAUACUUCUCACAGUCGCCCUAUUCUUUUAAGCCACUGCCGAUACUGCAUCAUUCCACAGAAACUAACCAGCUUGCCUUUGGAAGACAUUUCCGAAAAUUGAGCCGGCGAUAUGGCAAGAUCCAGGCAGUCUCGCUGAUUGACAAGCAUGCUGGAGAGUUGAAGCUGGGAGAACAAUAUGAAAGAUACACUAAUGCUUUUAACGACGCGGGCGGCAUCGAUGGUGCGCCACUGCGGUUGGAGUGGUUCGAUUUCCACAGCGAGUGCCGUGGGAUGAAGUUUGAAAACGUCUCGCGGCUGGUUGAUCGUGUCAAGGAGACCUUGGAUGAAUUUGGGUAUACAACUGUCAACAACCGCUCCUCGUUGCAUAAGCAGACUGGAAUUGUGCGGACCAACUGUAUGGACUGCCUCGACCGCACUGGCGUUGCGCAGUGCGCUUUUGGACAAUGGGCACUCGAGAAGCAGCUGCGCAACGAAGGCAUCGACAUCGACCUGGGCGGGGACUCGUCCACGCAGUGGUUCAAUACCCUCUGGGCUGAUAAUGGCGACGCCAUCUCCAAGCAGUACUCGUCGACCGCCGCCUUGAAGGGCGACUUUACUCGCACCCGGAAGCGCGACUACCGCGGUGCCCUCAACGACCUGGGGCUCACCCUCUCGCGCUACUAUAACAAUAUCGUCAACGACUACUUCUCGCAAGCCUGCAUCGACUACCUCCUUGGGAACGUGUCGACUCGCGUCUUCGACGAGUUUGCCAUGGAACUUCAGACCACUGACCCUGGCAUCUCCGUCCAGAAAAUCCGGCAAAACGCCAUUGACACCAGCUGCAAGAUCGUGAUCAGCAGCCCCUCCGAGGAGUUCCUCGGCGGCUGGACCAUGCUGACGCCCCGCCAGCCCAACACCCUGCGCACCUUGCCCUUUGAAGAAUCCGUCCUCCUUCUCACCGACGCAGCCGUGUACAGCUGCCGGUUCGACUGGGAGACCGACAAGGUCCUCUCCUUUGAACGCAUCGACCUCCGCUCCGUCUCCCGCAUCCACUACGGCACCUACAUCACCUCCAUUCUCACAGACAGCCAGUCGGACGAGCACAGCAACGUUGGCCUGGUCAUCGUCUACCGCGACGGCGACGACAAUGCCCUGCGCGUCAACACCCGCUCGCUACAGAGCAGCGUGCGCCCCGCCGCCCUCGAAACCUCCUCCACCUCCAAUGGCGAGUGGGACCUCGUCUCCUGGCUGCGCGGCACCAAGCGCGCCACGACCCGCUUCCUCGCCUUCAAGUCCCUGCCCGUAUCGAAUGCUGUUGCCAGCCCGCGUCUGGGGCCCGCGGCCGGCGCAGGUAUCGUACGUGAACUCGAUCGAGUGCGGUCUAUCUGCCUGGAUAUCGAGCGGGCGCUGCUGGCUGGGGAUGGGCAGAAUGCGGAGGCUGCGUCGGUGGUGGAGCAGUCGGAUAUUAUCUCGUUGGCGGAUGCGAAGAAGAGGACGGGAAUUUUGGAGCAUUUGGUUUACGAUAUUAAAAAGAUGGUUUGGGCUUGA